AUGUUCGAACUCGCCCACAACUACUCCUCCUACCACCUCAUCCCGCAGUCUGCGGACCUCGCCCUGCACCCCCCCGAGUCCUACUUCUUCAUCACCGACUUCCUGAUCAUCGCCUGCGGCCUGCUGUACACGCUGUGCUACCUCUUCUACAUGACGCGCACGUACAGCGACCGCUUCCUGGCCGGCUCCGUGCUGUUCCUGUCCCAGACCAUGGCCUACGAGCUGUACUACGCGUACGUCUGCACGACCGCCGCGUGGCAGCGCGCCUGCUUCUUCGUGUGGUUCCUGUUCGACGUGGGUUUCGUCGGCGUGGCGCUGGCGCGCGCGUACCGCGCGGAGGAGCGGCGGAGGACGGUGGCGAGGCUGCUGGCGUUGACGGUCGCGGGCAUCGGGUUCUUGUGGGCGCUGGGCAGGGUGUGGCCUGAUGAGCGGGAGCAGUUGACGGCGUUCUGGACGGGGGUGUAUCUCGAGCUGCCGAUUGGGUGGGGGCAGGUUUACUAUCUGGUGAAGAGGGGGGAUACGAAAGGGCAGAGUUUGGAGAUUUGGAUCACGAGGUAUCUGGGCUGCAUCUGCGCGUUCUUGGUGUUCAUUUGGAGGUACCUCAACGCGCCGAUGAACUGGGCUUAUGUUGGGUCGUUUUGGAGUGUUGCGGGCAUGGUCGUUACGCUGAUCCCGGAGACCAUCUAUCCGUUUGUGUAUGUCUGGGCGCACGCGAAGGAGCGCGCAGCGCUGAAGGCGAAGGCGGAGUGA